UUGGACAUUUGAUACAGGGUUCACGAGAGAGAAUACUCGGCCUUAUUCCUACACCGAAGCCCGAAGCCCAGAAGGUUUUUAAGAAAGAGAUAGUCCUAGGAGAGAAAGAGUGUUUUGAGAUUUAUUCGUACAUCUGAUCACUUUCUCUUUACUUCAUUCCGGAAAUUAAGCAUCCAACUCUUCACCCAACUACGAAGCCCACAUUCAUUCCACUCACCAUGGCCGCCCCCGGAGGAACCUACUUCAUCCAAUCUGCCCUCAAAACUCCCGCUGCACACCACACAUCCUUCUCGCAGCUUUGGGAAACUAAAUGGAAGAAGCCCGCCGAAAUGGGUGUCUACCCCUUCAUGUUCGGCACAGCGGCAGACUUUGAGCCCGUGGUCGCCGAGCUCGUAAAGCAGGAUUUCCACGAACCGUAUGACUGGGACGCCUAUGCUAAGAUGUAUUUUCCACAAGCUCAGAAUCUGGUACGGGUGGCGGAGGAGGCGGAAAAGAUUGGGGAUGCGGGGAGGGAGAAGGCGAGCGAGUAUUAUCUGAGGGCUAGUGCAGUAUACCGGAUUUCAAGGUUUCCGGCGCCCAGAAGUGAGAUGCAGAGGUGGGCAUGGAAGGUGGGGAAGGAGUGUUGUAUUAAGGGGCUUGGCUUACGUCCCCAUCCGGUCUCAGAGAUCCAAGUUCCACACACCCAUCGUCUGGAUAGCGAAGGCGCACACAUCCCAAUCUACCACCUCCUCCCCUCAUCCGCCACCAAAGCAAACCCCGUCCCCCUCGUCAUCAUCUUCACCGGCCUCGAUGGCUACCGCACCGAACUUGCCGUCUGGAUGGAAGGCUGGCGCCAAAACGGCGUUGCAACCAUCAUCCUCGAAAUCCCAGGCACAGGCGACUGUCCCGCGAAACCCGACGACGUGACAUCCCCGGACCGACUCUACUCCUCACUUUUCGACUGGAUCGCCCAACAGCCUGGCAUCGACCAGCAAAAAAUCGCAAUCUGGGCUUUCUCAACCGGCGGAUACUACGCCAUCCGCGUCGCGCACACGCACGCCUCGAAACUCGCUGGCGUCGUUGCGCUAGGUGGAGGAUGCCACCACAUGUUCGACCCAGAAUGGUUGAGCGAAGUAAACCACCUCGAAUAUCCCUUCGACCUCGCCAACACACUAGCCUACAAAUGGGGCUACGGGACCGAUGUUGAAAAAUUCAAAGCCGAAGCGUCCGACAAGUUCUCGCUUCUUAAAGACGGAACGCUAGAUAGGCCCGUCUGUGCACGACUUUUGCUGGUUAAUGGGACGGAAGAUGAAAUUUUCCCGAUCGAUGAUUAUUAUCUUGCGUUACAGCAUGGGGCGCCUAAGGAAGCGAGGUUUGUAACAGGGACAAAGCAUAUGGGCGAGCCGAUGAGCUUUUUUAUUAUUUUGAAUUGGUUGUAUCGGCUUUUUGGAAUUGAGGCAGAUCCAGUGAAGCAGAUGCAGACGUUACCAUUUAAGCCAAAGUAUUGAGCGGAGGUGGGGAGGAACUGAAGCAGUGGUCGAAUUCGGGAAAGUAAAAGGUUGCGGUUGCAGUGAAAAACUGAGUCUCGAGCGUGAAUUUUUGGCAACAGAUUCGUAAUAUCAUUGGAGUAUCACGGUUUUUGUUUCCUUGAAGACGAUAAGUGGAAUUCCGCCCCAAAGUGGAAUGCAUCCGCUGGAUCGAAUUGCUUGAAUUGACUCCGUGAAAGUGGGAAACACAGGAUCAGUGCAUCGUUCAGCCCAAGAUAUAAGCUCAUUCGGUCAAUAUUGUAAGACAUUGAUGAGGGUAGUCAGAAGAUGAGGGCGAUUUGAUAUUCGGACCUGGUAUUGAAGAGGCAUGUAUGUCGGGCUUGCCAACCGUCCAAAAUGCUGGCUUCAGAGAAUCGG